AUAUCUAGUUGGGGGGUGAGAAGCGUAAUACCUUACUUUCGUGAUGUCAAUUUUCUUUGCGUUCCCCUCCCAACAAAAAAAAAUAAAAAUAAAAAAUCAGCAGCGGAGUAAAUACUGUUUAUAUCAACAAUUUUGUAUUACAGCUUAAAACAAAUUGAAGCAUGUCACCUUACUCUUUGCUAGUUGAUUGAUGAUCAUAAAAGGUAUUUGUGACCAUCUCUUAGGUGUAGUUCUUGCGUUAGCCCCUAAAAGUUAGCCAAGACCCAUCUGCAAGUUCAGGUGAGAUCCAUUCUUGCAAUUGUUUCAUGGUAAACCCAUAGACAUGGUUAUCACUUACAAUUCAUAGUUUAGAUUCAGUGAAUUAUGGACAUAAGACUAUCAAAUUUUGAGAUUAGAUACUAAAAUAAUCUUUAUGGUUUACCUUUUGAACAGAUUGGUUUUAAUUUUCUAAUAUGUACUCACUAUUCAUGUUGAAUAGAUUGAUCUUUUUAUUCCUAAAUAAUCUUUAUGGUUUACCUUUAGAACAGAUUGGUUUUAAUUUUCUAAUUUAUACUCACUACUCAUGUUGAAUAGAUUGAUCUUUUUAUUCCUAAAUAAUCUUUAUGGUUUACCUUUCGAACAGAUUGGUUUUAAUUUUCUAAUUUGUACUCACUAUUCAUGUUGAAUAGAUUGAUCAUUUUAUUCCUUUGAUUUCAACUUUUUAUCAUUUAAGUUUUCUUUAUUUUUUUGUUCUAACAAGGGAAAAUGCCAUAUUAACACUAAUGACUGCUUCCCGUGCGUUCUUUCAUAUGCUAUAAGUAACAAAAUAAACAAGUUUAGAAUUUGUGUGAAAUGUUUAUAAAGUUGUUUACAGCCAACGCCUGGGUUUUGCGAUCAAAGUGUCAAAUGGAUGUCAUCCACGUGUUUCCUGGGUCUCCUCUAGUUAUUCAUAGGUUGCUCCUAUAUGGUGAUUGGGUUGCAGCUUAGAUAGUGCGAUGGAGGCAUCACUUGAGUUAACUUGGUCAGGACUCGUGGUGCACUUGCAUUGCCUAGAUGACUCCAAGUGUUUGCUGCAUGGGUCACGACUCACGCCAAGUACAGGUGGUAAUAUAAUAUGAACACGAUACAAAAUUAGUAGAUUUGGAUUUAAUUUUAAUGAAUUCGAGUUAAACAGAUUGACGUGUUAAGAUAUGGUUUAUAAACGAGUCAACCCGCUUAAAAGAAUUAAAAGGAUUAGAGUGGACACACAAGGAGCUAAAAAGCUCACAAAUAGAAUAUGGAGAGCAAUCUGUUUAAAAGACAAACCAUAUGAAUUGUUUGGAUUCGAAACUCGUAUAGAAUUUUAGUCCUUCAAUUAAAACUUGAAUUAUAUGUAAGAAAGCCCAAAAAAUAUGAAUUGAUUGCCUCUAUAAAUGGAGACUGAUGCCUUUGUUACAUUAGUUUUCUGUUGCCUUUCUUUCACUUGAGGAUUGCAACUUUGAUUGAGCCUUUUUCAGCUGGUAUCGGUUGUAAUAAAGGUGCUAGCUUUGGAUCUCCUAUCAUAUAGCUAGUAAUCAGGUCCGUUUAUGGAUGAGUCGACUUUUCUUUGGUUUUAGAGGGAGAGAGGAGAAGGAUUCUCUAAGCUGAUCUCUUGCUUUUGUAAUUGGACCACAUUCAACUUGCACUGGCUCUAUAAACCUAAGCUCAUUUGGGGAUCUCCACGAGGCAUGCAGGAAUGUAGCUUGCUGAUAAAGUCCCACACUUCCUUUUCCAAAAAGUUAGCCUCAAGGAAAAUAAGCACGUUCUCUCUUUUUCUUUGGGAUCCUACAUCUUUCACAAACUGGAAUCUGUCCAAAUUGCUGGCCACCUUACGAUCGUAGGGCCAGAGACUCAGAGCACCAUACAAUGGUACAAAGUUAUCGUAUUGAUCAACCGACAAAUAAUUGUACCCUGCCACAAAUCCUCAAGAGACCAGUCUUAGCAAUCUUUUUAAGCAAAUAUUACGAAAUUAAUAGAGAAUUUUAAUAAGCGAAAUUUCUCAAGAUUCGUUUCCAGUCGCAUCUCAAUCCAUUUUGGCAUGUAGUGCUCCCAAAAGCAAACAUGUCUUCAAUCAUGUGAUUUUGAAAUGCUUGUCCACUCUUUAGACUAAGGGCCAAGAGGUGGGCCACAACUUGUAGAACUUCAAGUAUUGGCUGUUAAAUGUGGUUGGAAUUGAUAGGUGGGUGGGUACCUAGAUAAGCUUUUUGUACCAAUAACGUGCAUGCAUAAAAAUUAUUAUCAUUAUCAUUGUUACUGUUAGGAGGAUAAGGUGUCAUGUCCUCUUUCUUCAAGAAGUUCAUUUUCCCCAACUUUGACUCGGCCGCCAAGAGUUAGCUGCUGCAAAAAUUUUCAAGCUUUUGAUUGAUUCAGAGAAUCAGAAUGGCCUACUACAGCUCCAGCUAUUACGAGGAUGAUCUUGUUGAUCGGUACAAUCAAACCCCUUAUGAGCCUGUCUAUGAUUCAGCUCCAACACAUGAUUUUAUGCCCUAUUCUAGCUAUGACUCCAGCAGCCACCAGUUCUUUGAGCAUAAUUCAAUCCCCUAUUAUGGUGCUUUUAACCCUCCUCAUUCUACAUCAUCAAUUGCAUACUCUACCUCCACUUUCAGUGAACCCAGAUUUAUUGAGUAUGAUCCGAAUCCUUACGGUGGCAGUUACAAAUCUCCUCAUACUCAUUUUGUGAUUUCAUACUCUGCAGUGGAGUUUAAUAUACCUGAAUUUGAAGAUUAUGAUCCAGAACCUUAUAAUGGUGGUUAUGAUAUUGCUCAAACCUAUGGCAAGCCCCUCCCUGCUUCGGACGAAAUUUGUUAUCCCCGGAUGACGACAGAUCCAAAUGCCUUGUUUGUAAAUGGUGUCACUCUUGGUUCCAUCACACUGCCCAGUGAGAAAGAGGAAAUUGAUGGGCAAGCACUGAAACCCAGCAAUGGAACAGAACAGCCCCCGCAGAAUGAAGAAGGGCUGCAAUUACAUGGUGGCAGUGACAAAGAUCAUGACAGCCACAAAGAGGAGCCUUAUCAAGGUGAAACAGGUCUGGGAAAUGCAAGCGAUGAUUACCAUCCGCAGGCUGGCUAUGGAAGUGGAUACGGAAAUGGAGCAGCUGCAGCUGAAGAGCACGGUUACCAAUACGACAAUUGGGUGCCUUCCAACCCUCCUCCAAGUGGUUAUGGCUUGGAAGCCAUGGAUCUUUGUGAAAGUUUGUUUGGUUAUUGGCCCUGUAUCUCUCGUGAGAAAAGGAGAGGUUAUGGUCAAGAAUGUGCUGCAGAUGAAGGAAGCAACAAAGAUCUGUGGAAGGGAACUGCAGAUUAUCUCUUUGGAAGCUCAUAUCCAUAUGGAGAAAGAAGGGAUGUUGGAGGUAGCUAUGGGGUUCCUAAUUAUGAUUAUGAAAGGCAUUAUCAGCAGCAGCCCCUUUACAUGCAGGCUGAUUAUGAUGAGGAUUCAUGGCUGAAUUAGCACUAAUAGCUUUUUAAGAUUACCCUUUCAGAUAGGAGCCUAUGCUCCAUGUUAGUCAUCUUAGGAAAACAUUUGAAAAUAAUUUGUUUUUUUUUUUUUUUUUUUACCUAAAUAUCAAAUGACUGAGAGAUUCUAAAUUGUAACUGAUAAAUAAGGUCCAUUGUUUGGUGAAAUAUGAUUAGUGUAAGUGAUUCCAUGUUUAAAUUUCAAAGAAUUAGUAGGAUGAACCUCA